UUCUAUCUGUCAAUCAGCGCCGCCUUUGAACUGAAAAGCUCUCAGUCUAACUUCAACUCACUCAAAUCCGAGCGGCACGAGCUCCUCCUGUAUCUUCGGCUUCCCCCCCCUUUUGCUCUUUAUAUCUGACUUCUUGUUGUUGUCGGUGUGUGUGUGUGUGUGUGUGUGUGUUUUUAACCCCCUUUUUUAUUUAUUAUUUUUUUGCACAUUGAUCGGAUCCUUGGGAACGAGAGAAAAAAGAAACCCAAACUCACGCGUGCAGAAGAUCUCCCCCCCCUUCCCCUCCCCUCCUCCCUCUUUUCCCCUCCCCAGGAGAAAAAGACCCCAAAACAGAAAAAAAAAAAGUUCACCUUGGGUUCGUCUUUUUCUUGCAAUUGUUUUUUUUGGGGGGGCAAAACUUUUGGGGGUGCUUUUUUUUUUUUUUUCUUUUGGCUUUUCUUCCUCCAUUUUUCUUCCAAAAUUGCUGCUGGUGGGUGAAAAAAAAAAUGCCGCAGCUGAACGGCGGUGGAGGAGAUGACCUAGGCGCCAACGACGAACUGAUUUCCUUCAAAGACGAGGGCGAGCAGGAGGAGAAGAGCUCCGAAAACUCUUCGGCAGAGAGGGAUUUAGCUGAUGUCAAGUCGUCGCUAGUCAAUGAAUCAGAAACGAAUCAAAACAGCUCCUCCGAUUCCGAGGCGGAAAGACGGCCUCCGCCGCGCUCCGAAAGUUUCCGAGACAAAUCCCGGGAAAGUUUGGAAGAAGCGGCAAAGAGGCAAGAUGGAGGGCUCUUUAAGGGGCCACCGUAUCCCGGCUACCCCUUCAUCAUGAUCCCGGACCUGACGAGCCCCUACCUUCCCAACGGAUCGCUCUCGCCCACCGCCCGAACCUAUCUCCAGAUGAAAUGGCCUCUACUUGAUGUUCAAGCAGGAGGCCUCCAGAGUAGACAAGCCCUCAAGGAUGCCCGGUCCCCAUCACCAGCACACAUUGUUUCGAACAAAGUGCCGGUUGUGCAGCAUCCCCACCAUGUGCACCCCCUCACGCCUCUUAUCACGUACAGCAAUGAACACUUCACCCCAGGAAACCCACCUCCACACUUACCAGCCGAUGUUGACCCCAAAACAGGAAUCCCACGACCUCCACACCCUCCAGAUAUAUCUCCAUAUUACCCACUAUCGCCUGGCACCGUAGGACAAAUCCCCCAUCCGCUAGGAUGGUUAGUACCACAGCAAGGUCAGCCCGUGUAUCCCAUCACGACAGGAGGAUUCAGACACCCCUACCCGACAGCUCUGACCGUCAACGCUUCCAUGUCCAGGUUCCCACCCCAUAUGGUCCCACCACAUCAUACUCUACACACGACUGGCAUUCCCCACCCGGCCAUAGUCACGCCGACAGUCAAGCAGGAAUCGUCCCAGAGCGACGUUGGCUCACUGCAUAGCUCAAAGCAUCAGGACUCCAAAAAGGAAGAAGAAAAGAAGAAGCCCCACAUAAAGAAACCUCUUAACGCAUUCAUGUUGUAUAUGAAGGAAAUGAGAGCAAAGGUCGUAGCCGAGUGCACGUUGAAAGAAAGUGCAGCCAUUAACCAGAUCCUCGGGCGGCGGUGGCAUGCACUGUCCAGAGAAGAACAAGCAAAGUACUACGAGCUAGCUCGGAAGGAACGACAACUGCAUAUGCAGCUCUACCCUGGCUGGUCUGCGCGAGAUAACUAUGGGAAGAAGAAGAAGAGGAAAAGGGAUAAACAGCCAGGAGAGACCAAUGACCUGAGCGCUCCUAAGAAAUGCCGAGCGCGCUUUGGCCUUGAUCAACAGAAUAACUGGUGCGGCCCUUGCAGGAGAAAAAAAAAGUGCGUUCGCUACAUACAAGGUGAAGGUAGCUGCCUCAGCCCACCCUCUUCAGAUGGAAGCUUACUAGACUCGCCUCCUCCCUCCCCCAACCUGCUAGGCUCCCCUUCCCACGAUGCCAAGUUGCAGACUGAGCAGACCCAACCUCUCUCGCUCUCCCUGAAGCCUGACCCCCUGGCCCACCUCUCCAUGAUGCCUCCACCGCCCGCCCUCCUCCUCGCCGAGACCACCCACGGCAAGGCUCCCACCCUGUGCCCCAACGGGGCCCUGGACCUGCCACCCGCUUCCUCUCUUGCACAACCGUCGACAUCUUCCUUACAUUCCCACAGUGUGCUGGCCGGGACCCAGCCCCAGCCACUCUCCCUCGUUACCAAGUCUUUAGAAUAGCUUUAGCUUCGUGCGCUCCGGUUGGUUGGUU